AGCUGCUAAGAAAAACAACAUUUGUUAUUUAACCUUACAAAUUGUAAGGAAAUUAAUUGUAAAUUAUUAUAAAAUUCUGAAUAAAAGUGUAAAAGAAUGUCAUUUACUAUUUUACAAAAGUUAUCUUUAACAUGUUUAAAAGCAGACCAACCGCUGCUAACCACAAUACGUAAUGCCAGUAAGAAAACCGGUGGUAGUACUCGCAACAAAAAAGGACAUCCCAGACCAAAACAUCGUGGAUGGAGAGUACAAGAUGGUCAUUAUGUUUCACAGGGCACUCUAUUGGCCACGCAAUUAACCACCAGAUUUCAUCCAGGUUUAAAUGUUGGCUUCGGCCGUAAUGGUACUCUGUUUGCUAUGGAACAUGGUAAGGUUUAUGUCACCUGCGAACCUAUUGAUCCUAAUUGGGAUCAUACAUGGAUACAACGUCAUUAUGCUGGCCGUGAGGGUCAACCUAUUCAUAAGAAAUUUUUCAAUGUUAUUCCCGAAAAACAACAUCAACGUUUUCGUUUGGUAGAUGAAAUUUAAACGAGUUUUUUUUAAAUAAAUUAAUAAUGUUUUUUAUUGUUUUAAGGUAAACAUUAAUUUAA